ACUGUGCUAGCGAAACUAUAUUAUAUACAUAAGUGUCCAAUAUUCUGAAGGCAACUGAUCUUAACCUAUAGUUAACUGAGGCAGCGGUUUUAACCUACAGUGUCAAGUUUUCAUUUUCAUAUAUUCUAGUGCUGUAAUUGUAAUAACAAAAAGUUUAUAUAAUGGCACGAAGAUAUGAUACACGUACAACGAUUUUUUCACCAGAGGGUCGCUUAUACCAAGUUGAAUAUGCAAUGGAAGCUAUAAGUCAUGCGGGUACUUGCCUUGGUAUUUUAGCAAAUGAUGGAAUUCUACUUGCAGCUGAAAGGCGCAACACAAAUAAACUUCUAGAUGAAAUUUUUUACUCUGAAAAAAUUUAUAAGCUGAAUGAUGAUGUUGUUUGUUCUGUUGCUGGUAUUACUUCAGAUGCAAAUGUAUUAACAAAUGAACUACGCCUUAUUGCACAACGUUAUCUUCUACAAUAUGGAGAACCAAUUCCAUGCGAACAACUUGUUUCUUGGCUUUGUGAUGUAAAACAAGCAUAUACACAGUAUGGUGGAAAAAGACCUUUUGGAGUUUCAAUUUUGUAUAUGGGAUGGGAUAAACAUUAUGGGUAUCAGUUAUAUCAGUCAGAUCCAAGUGGAAAUUAUGGAGGGUGGAAAGCAACUUGUAUUGGAAACAAUGCAGCUGCAGCAGUAUCAUCAUUGAAACAGGAGUAUAAAGAUGGUGAAACAACAUUAAAGGAUGCCAUGGCAUUAGCUAUAAAAGUACUUUCAAAAACUUUAGAUAUGAAUAAAUUGUCAGCUGACAAAGUGGAAAUGGCCACCUUAACCAGAGAAAACGGUAAAACCAAAACAAGAAUUCUUCCUGCAAGUGAAAUUGAUGCUCUAAUUGCAGAAUAUGAUCGUUUAGAAGCACUAGCUGAACAGGCUAAGAAAGAAAAACAAAAAUUAUAAAAAAAAAUAUAUGCCUUGUAUUAUUUUCUUAUGCAUUUCUGUUUAAAAAAUAUCCUUAAUCAAUAUGGAUUUAAUCACUUAGCAAAUAAUCUUUAUACACAAUAUGAGUUUGAUACCUUUCUGUCUAAAAGGAAAACAGUAAAAGGCAAAUGAAAGGAUAUAUUUAAAUAGUAAUAAUAAAAAACUGAAAAUUUUCUACAUCCCAUUGAUUAUAUCUUCUUUUGAUCUUAUGGAGUUUACAUUCAUAUUAAAUUUAAAUGAUUGUUAAAUUAUUACUUAAAUGUUUCAAUUAAUAAGUCAUGUUUUAAUUUAUUUCUAAAGAUACAGAGUUAUUAAUAGUUUUCACAUUAUAUUAAAGUAAGCCGAUUCGAAUGUAUUUUUAUUUAGUAUUGUAAUACAUUCGUAUAAUUAAAAAUAUAGUUUUACUUUUUA